AUGGCAGAGCAGAAAGGGAAAGGGACGAUCAGGAUAUGCUUAAGGUUUGGAGUGGUUUGUUUGAUCAUGAAGUUAGAUCUGCCACACGUCACAGAUUUGACGCAGAAGUCCGGAGACGAAAAGGAAAGAAGAACAGGCUCCUCGACGCCAGAACGGUAUCCCACAAACUCAAAGACAUGGCUAGGUGUCAGUCGGCGUGAUCCUCGGCUACAGCUGGCCAAGUAUCGGGAGUACCUAAUCAGCAAGACACAGGCUUCUGGUGACAGCAUCCAGUGGACUGGCAACCCCAGAACGACACCAACCAGCAGUACAAAUGUCGCGUCUGCCAAAGCCCGACAAAGGGCACCUGGCCACGAAAAGUGCAGCAUGUCACUGAAGCGUAGAGACUGGUCUCAUGUCAAGCCUUCCAAGAAACGAGCAAGAUCAGAAUUGGGAGAUAUCCGAGAUCUUAAGGGCGAAACAUUAUCUCCGUUUGUUGAAAGAUGUGAAUUUCCAAAAAUUUUGUUUCGAAACAAUAGUGAAUUAAAGUUAUACGACACCGAAUCUCGAACGCACGGGCAUUAUUUGGCGUCUUCCGUGGAUGACACGUCUCUACCGACAGUGUCUUCACAUGAUAUCAAACUGGCCACAAACGAGAAUGGUAGCAUUACAGUUCUAGGUAAAGGUGUGUACGGGUUUGUCAUAAGGGGGCAGCUCAAAGAAGGCAACAAACUGCACGACAUUGUUGCCAAGUUCUUCAGAGCGGACAAGAAUUCACUAGAGGCUGUUCUGAACGAAGCACGCAUUCUCCACUUUCUCGGUGCUACAGGAGCUGUACCUCGGGUCUAUGGUAUUCUUCAAUCAGACCAACUAAGCCCACGCCCAAUUCUAAUCCAAGAAUGCUUCGCCAACGGACAAGACUUGUACAAGUUCCUGGAAUCUGCGCCGCCAAAAAGCGCCUGGAUAACAGCGUGUAUAGCAGCCACUGAAGGUCUGCUGAAGAUUCACGCCAAAGGAGUUCUGCUAAACGACAUAAAACCUGACAACAUUCUGAUUGACGAAGCAAGCAAUGUCAGGUACAUUGACAUGGGGAUGGCGACUUUGAACGAAAGUUUCCUCUACCCUACUGGGCCAUUGCUGGAGAAAUGCCACCACCUUGCUCCAGAGAUCGUGAGGGGUGAGCCCACAACCAAAAUGUCGGACAUCUUUAGUCUUGGAAUCGUGCUCCAGAUGAUUGGUGAAAAUGGAGACGUGCCAGAUUUGUUGUCAAUAAGCCAACUGAUGACCUGCCCAGACCCUUUCCUCAGGUGCUCCCUAUCAAAUGUGAUCACAUUGCUCCAAUCUUUAGACUGUGACGAUACUUUGCUUCAGUAA